AUGGCGACGCACAGUGACUUCUCAGACGACGAGUCGCAGCCCGGCUCGCCCGUGCUCGGCGAUUCCAACGGUGUCGAUAACUUUGACGACCAGGAGCCCCUCGACCACGAAGAUGAUUCACAGACACCGCUCAAGUCGGCUCUAAAACAGCCUGCGCAGGCAAAGAAGCCAGAGCUUCCCGAGCAGCCAGACCCAUCGACUCUCGAUCUCUCUACUCUCACGCCGCUGACACCCGAGAUUAUUGCCAGACAGGCGACUAUCAAUAUUGGUACUAUCGGACAUGUCGCUCACGGAAAAUCAACCGUCGUCAAGGCUAUUUCGGGAGUGCAGACUGUCAGAUUCAAGAACGAGCUGGAGAGAAAUAUUACCAUCAAACUGGGUUAUGCCAAUGCAAAGGUGUACAGGUGUGACAACAAGGCCUGUCCCAGACCUACUUGCUACCGAAGCUUUAAGAGUGACAAGGAGGUUGACCCUCCAUGCGAGAGAGAAGGAUGCACAGGCAGAUACAGACUCCUUCGACAUGUUUCGUUCGUCGAUUGCCCCGGGCACGACAUUCUCAUGAGUACUAUGCUUUCAGGUGCCGCCGUCAUGGAUGCCGCUCUGCUUCUCAUUGCCGGUAACGAAACUUGCCCACAGCCCCAGACCUCUGAGCAUCUGGCUGCUAUCGAGAUCAUGAAGCUCAACCAUAUCAUCAUCCUCCAAAAUAAGGUUGACCUGAUGCGCGAGGACGGCGCCCUCCAGCACUACCAGUCCAUAUUGAAGUUCAUCAGAGGAACAGUGGCCGAUGGAUCACCCGUUAUUCCCAUCUCGGCUCAGCUCAAGUACAAUAUCGAUGCCGUCAAUGAAUACCUAGUCUCCCACAUCCCAGUUCCAGUCAGGGACUUCCUUGCUCCCCCUCACAUGAUCAUCAUCCGGUCCUUUGACGUCAACAAGCCUGGUUCUGAAAUCGAAGACCUCAAAGGUGGCGUUGCUGGUGGAAGUAUCUUGACCGGUGUGCUCAAGCUCGGGGACGAAAUCGAAAUUCGACCAGGUAUUGUCACCAAGGAUGAGCAGGGCAAGAUUCAAUGUCGCCCCAUCUUCAGUCGUGUCGUAACCCUACUUGCCGAGCAGAACGACCUCAAAUUCGCCGUUCCUGGUGGACUUAUCGGUGUUGGAACUAGAAUCGAUCCCACUCUUUGCCGUGCUGAUCGUCUACUCGGUUUCGUUCUUGGUCACCGUGGCCGUCUUCCUGCCAUCUACAGUGAAAUCGAAGUCAAUUACUUCCUUCUUCGACGCCUUCUUGGUGUCAAGACCGCCGAUGGAAAACAGGCAAAGGUUGCUAAGCUCAGUAAGAAUGAGGUUCUCAUGGUCAACAUCGGUUCGACCGCCACAGGUGCAAAGGUCAUGGGUGUCAAGGCAGAUGCCGCCAAGUUGAGCUUGACUGGCCCAGCUUGUACAGAAAUUGGAGAGAAGAUUGCCCUCAGUCGAAGAGUUGACAAGCAUUGGCGUCUUAUUGGUUGGGCGAAUAUUGUCGCGUAA